AUCACAGAUGUAGUAGCAGUAUUAAUAGUAAUGUAGAAGUAAUGGUAUAAUUACCAGUGAAUUUUAUUAUUGGAAUUUUAAGUAAGCGGAAUCCGUAAUUCUCGGAAUUUUCGUUCAAAUAUCCCGCAUUUACUGUUUCACGCCCAGUUUGACGUCACAGCUCGGGGUUCUCAAACGCUCUGCACCGCACCCAAACAAACACGAGUAAAAAAGUUAUAUAUCCAUUCAAUGUAAAAUUUUGUAGUUCUUCGUGUCUUGCAAAAAGGACUAUUCUGCCUUGGUAAAGUAUUCAAUGGUUUAAAGGUUCAGAUAGGUGGCGCUUUUCGUUAACUUCACCAGCGCAGAAAACACCAAUCACGUUCCAGGAACUUUGACGCAAUUUGCAAAUGGCCGUGAAAAGGACCGAUCUUGAGGGUGUAUGAAAAGCUAAUGGUGGAUUGUUCCGUGAUAAAAACUUGUGAAAUAUCCUUGUUUUAGUGUGGUGAUAUUGAAAAGAUACAAAAUGUGCCAAAAAGUGGUUAUCCAAUCUUAAUGGUGAUAUAGAAAUCGCCCGAAAAUCGCUGGAGCGUCGAUCGAAGGGACAUUGCUGACAGAAGGGUAAAGUUCCAGUUCCAUUUUGGCUAGUCUUGAUUCUGUACGGCCUCUAAAGAUAAAAUACAUUAUUCACGAGUAGUUCGUAUUAACUUUUAUGUGUUCGUUAGCUGUGUUAAUUAUCUUUCAAUUACAUGGGUAUAGACAAGAGCCUAAGCCGGCUAGUAUAUUGCUUAAAACAUUAUAAAAAAGGAUUGAUCGGUGCGUUGCGUGUUGUACGUGCGCGGCGCGCGGUUGUCGAUCGUCUGUUCCACGUGAGCUGUGUGUGACGCGUGUAUUAAUCAUGAACGAGCUGGACAGCCUACGCCAGGAGGCGGAAACCCUUAAAAACGCUAUUAGAGAUGCGAGGAAAGCGGCAUGCGACACGUCGCUGGCCCAGGCCACCUCGAACCUGGAGCCGAUCGGUCGCAUACAGAUGCGCACCCGACGAACCUUGCGCGGUCAUCUCGCGAAGAUCUACGCCAUGCACUGGGGCAGUGAUUCCAGGAACUUGGUGUCGGCCAGUCAGGACGGUAAGCUGAUCGUGUGGGACAGCCACACGACCAACAAGGUGCACGCGAUCCCGCUGCGCUCAUCCUGGGUGAUGACCUGCGCCUACGCGCCCUCGGGCUCCUACGUCGCUUGCGGUGGACUGGACAACAUCUGCUCGAUUUAUAGCCUGAAGACGCGCGAGGGCAACGUGCGCGUGUCCCGCGAGCUGCCCGGCCACUCGGGCUACCUGUCCUGCUGCCGCUUCCUCGACGACAACCAGAUCCUGACCAGCUCCGGCGACAUGACCUGCGCGCUGUGGGACAUCGAGACCGGGCAGCAGUGCGGGCAGUUCACGGGCCACACCGGUGACGUCAUGUCGCUGUCGCUGGCGCCGGACCAGCGCACGUUCGUGUCCGGGGCGUGCGACGCGUCCGCCAAGCUGUGGGACGUGCGGGACUGCACGUGCAAGCAGACCUUCCCGGGGCACGAGAGCGACAUCAACGCGGUCACGUUCUUCCCGUCCGGGUUCGCGUUCGCGACGGGCUCCGAUGACGCCACGUGCCGCAUGUUCGACAUCCGCGCCGACCAGGAGCUCGCCAUGUACUCGCACGACAACAUCAUCUGCGGCAUCACGUCCGUCGCCUUCUCCAAGUCGGGCCGCCUGCUGCUCGCCGGCUACGACGACUUCAACUGCAACGUGUGGGACUCCAUGAAGAGCGAGCGUGCCGGCAUCCUGGCCGGCCACGACAACCGCGUGUCGUGUCUCGGCGUCACCGAGAACGGCAUGGCGGUCGCCACCGGCUCCUGGGACUCCUUCCUGCGCAUCUGGAACUAAACAUCUCACACAAACAAACACCUAAACACACACCCAAACAUAUGUCGCAUGAUUAGUCAAACAUCGAUCCAUCUAUAUAUGUAUAUCUAUAAAAGUUAAUGUCUGUAUAUUCGUCUUGUACGCCGAUUGAGUUGAAGCUUUGUAUAGUUGUGAACGGCUGCGUGAAUGUUUUUGACUUAGUACCGUUAUAACACGGUAGGUGGCGCGCGAGUGCCUCGUGGAGCGAUAGAGACGAUAAAGUGAGGCACGAUUUGACUAGCAUUCAAUGUACCAAUUUAUUGUUCAGCCGAUUUACACGUGAGCUCAUUUAUUGAAAUUUAAAUGUAUCUGAAAAACGAGAUGGUACUAAUAAGCAUUUAUGGAGAUAAUAUAAUAGCGAAGGCAACGUAUGAAUCACAACUAUUGUCUUUUUUGUUGCUGUUAUCUCUGAACUUCAUAUUACAUAUACAGACGAUUUUAUUGAACAACGUUUGAGCAGAACGUAUGUUUUUCUAAACAUGUGACAUAGUGUAAAGUCAUUAGUGUCCCUUUUUUUUAUAAUGAACUUUUAUCGAUUUUGGUUAGUCAGAGGUUGCGGCCCCUCGUCAAUAGAUGGCGCUUUAACGUCUUCUCGCUCGUGAUCGACGUAAAAUCUCGAAUCGCGAUCAAAGGAUAGCAAAUAAACGCACCAAAACGUUCGAUAAAGUUAAUUAUAUAGAUCACGUUUCGUGCGUGGGGGCGCGGUGUGUCCGUCAGUCCGUAUAUUUAGUUCCCUACAAUCGAAUAGCGUCGCCAGCCUCCCGAACGCGGCGCGGUUAUCGAGAAGCCCCUUUUAAAAAGUACGCGAUAAAAUUCGAAUCCGAUCUUGUAGAAUUAUUCUCGAUCGGAACGGCACGAAAUCAUAAUAAUUAUUAUUAUUUUAUAACAACAACAUAAAAAAAAAAAUACGGGGCAGAUCGUUUGAGAUCGCUUAAUUUAUUUUAUCUAAUGUUAUACGGUAUGUAAUGAUUCCCUAACAUACGAGGAAAAAGCAUUUAAAGAAAACCUAGGGAUGUAAUGUGUGUAUGUCUGUAUGUGUGUACGUGUGCACGUGCGUUUAUCACUUAUAUAAAACUUACUUAUAUGAAAUUUGAAUAUAUGUUAUAUUAUUAUUAUUGUAAUGUAUUUACACUUACGUUUACCGCUGCGUAGCUAGGACGUGUGUCAACGCGGCCCGGUUAUGUUUAUGUUCAUUGGUGAAACCUUCGCACAACAUAUUCGUACAAAUAAUAACAUAAUUAUAAUAACAUUUAAUAAGAAAUAUAACGUCAAAUCCUACAAAGAACCAAAUAUAAUUAUAUUAUUAAAAAUAAAUAAAAAAAUGUCUAUAAUUUAUUGAUUAAUUAGAAUUUUUUUUUUUUAUAAUUUUUUUUUAUUUACAUCGACUCUUGUGUACAGAAGGCACACAGUUAAUGUCAGACGAACAGAUCCUCGUUGUUGGCCGACUUCAGAUAAUUAGAAAGAGGUUCUCGUUUCGGGGCCUAUAUUCUAUAAUAUGAUUCUUUUUGUGCUUUUGAAUCUUAUGUGUAAAUAAUGUUUCAUGUGUGUCUUUGAGGUCUAAUAUACUAUAUCGACAGGUGAAAAGCUAUUGUGUGUUUUAAGCGGCAUUUUUACAACUUUACAGGAGAGCCAUUUAAAGCUUAAAAUUUGGAAUUAAUAUCAUAACAAAAAAACUUCGGCUAUUUGAACGGAGUGAACUUAAUUGAAGUUCAAUUAAAAACAUUCGACUAUUGAUUUAUGUUAAUAACAAAUAAAACGCACAAAAUUUAAUUAAAAAGAUAAAUGUCGCUUUACCAAGUAACCUUUCACCCCUCGAUAUAAAAACUUCAUUAUUUUUUUUGUUAAUGAAAGAGAUCAAUGAUUUUAUUAAUUGAAAUUUAAAAAAAUAUGUAUUGUUUUUUUUUUAAAGAGCGUCAGUUAUUAUCCAGCAUCAAUUAUUUGCUUGGGAUGUUCAAAACGAUUGACGUUGUCAGCAAAAUCUGUUGGCACAUUGGCACUGUCGAUGUGCGUGCCAACUUGCACGCUGACACGCCCAAAAUAUGUAUUCUAAAGAUGUCGCCCUGAAAAAAUUAAUGUAAUUAACUCUCUCAAAUUCAAACAAGACUAAGAUGAAAAAGCACGCCAUAUAAAUUGAUAUAGUCAUUAAACUAAUUAAUAAGGUCUUUUUGAAAAUGAUUUAAGAGAAUCGGCAUUGAAAGAAUCACACAAAGAUAAACUUGAGUGUACAAUAAAAAAAAAUCUGAAUUUUUAUUGUUCUAUAGCAGUUUCUGAUUUUGUAUUCGCUUAUAUGUGUAUAUUAAAAUCGUCUAUUAAAAACAUUACUGUACCAGAGUUAUUACUUUAAUGAGUCUUUAAGUACGCGGAAUGAUUUAUGAGCGUGAAUGGUGUAAUGACGAUGUUACCAAUUAUUUUACAGAAAAAAAAACCAUUUAACAAAAAAAAAAAAAACAAUAAAAUGUACCAUCUUAUUUAUUUAUCUUUUAUUUUUGAUUUGAAAUGGAGACACGUGUUUGUUUGUUUGUUUUUUUAAUGAUUUCUCUCUGUUAUUGGUUAUCCGUUUAGUCAGAAUACCUCUUAUUUAAUCUAUAAUAAUAUAAGUGUCGCACGAAUUUUUUGUACGUUUGUAUACCUGCACGAUCAUUUUGUAUAUCGCAUCACGAAACAGUACUUACACGAUUUAUUACGGUUUCGAUUUUAAAAUUUGUCGAUCGGUUUUAUGGUAAGGAUCAUUCGAUUUUGCGAUACAACCAAAAAAACAAAAUCGAUUUCUAUUCGAUUAAAUGUCGCGGAGAAAAGACUCGCCGUGAUACAGAUUAAAGUUGAAGCACGAAGACGACCGAUUUUGCUCCUUACUGUUACGACAUUAAGGUCCACGUUUUAGAUGUUUGUUAAAUUAAAUGAAGGUACUGUAUUAAGAUUGCCGAUCGACAUUUGAAGCUUAUUUCUGAGUCGGGGGCCGAAUUGUCACGGGCCCAUGCAAGCGUUUCUCAGUUUCGUAAAGGAACUAUAUACUAGUAAUGUAAUCCCCCUUAAAUAAACUUCUACAUUUAAAAACUGGGACGAGAUAACAACGUUACUCGAUCGUCCCAAGUUCAUUUUUAGACAUAAGCUAGCUUAGUUAAGGUUUAAAAUAUACAAUACAUUUGAAUAGGCAUUUGUAACUCGAACAUUCUGUGUUGCUGUCAUUGAAAAAAAAAAACUACUAUUUUCUUUGUUGGUAACACUAGGUUCUAAGUGAAAUAACCUUUCGUUGCAGUAUUCGUUGGGAUUGUAAGCACCUUUGUCGGCUUCUUUAAUUGAUUUAAGUCGAUGGAUGAUUGUUGCGCUAUUUGUGUUACAUUAUUAUUAUUAUUUUUUCGUUAAGCCUUUUCGUCUUAGAUAGGUUACAAUAUACGUAGAUGUUUACAUUAAGGCAGACAGACGUGGUUAGAUAUGGCAACACUGGAAGCUAAAUAAAAACUUCACUUAAUACAAGAGUUACACGAAAACAGUAUUGUGCUCAAUUAUUUUAUACCGGCACCCAUAGAAGAACGUUCCACGUUUCCUACUCUUGAAUUUUUAAUAUUAUAUCAAUAACAGCUAUGUAACUACAUAAUAUAAAUCCAAAAUAAUUGUUUUUUUUAUAAAAUAUAGAUAUAUGUAACUUGAAAUUGUAGCAUUUGAUGUACACGCAUGCAUGUAAUACAUAUGUACGUAAGUAUUUUCGCAUUCUCUGGAACUAUUGUUUGUUUAUCCAACGCGGAGUCGUUGUGGCGGGAACGCACAAAAUGGCGGUCGGUACGUGCACAAAAUGGCGAAGAUGGUUGGAUGAAUAAAGUAUCUGAAGUAAGCUCUGGUCUGCUAGUUUUACGCCUAGGAUAUAAGACUUUUUUUUAAAUAAUAAUAAUAAUAAUAAAAAUAUAUUAAAUAAACAUUGUUUUCUACUGUAACGGCUUCUUUUCAAAUUGAUGUAACGUAACUAUAAUAUUAGCGUUAUUAAUGUAAUAAUAUAUCGUAAUGAAUACAUAGUUUUUGUCUCCUGUUUAAUAUUGUUUUUGUUUUCAGACCAAUUUUCAAACUUUUACUAUGUACUAUCGGAAUGGACUGCCAUAUUUUAACAGUUAUGUACUAUUAAAUGAACGGUCAUAAUGAACUAAACAUUUGUAUAAUCACUUUAAUUAAAUAAAACAUACAGUUUAUUCGUUUUACUUAAAAAAAUAAUGAGAUAUAUCUGAUUUCGUAUGACGCUGUAAGAUAUUUAUAAUUUAUAAUUAUCAUUUGCUAGUCCACGUCUUGAUAUGUUUAACAAAUAAUUUUAUUCUUAGCGGUGUAAUACUAAUUAAUAUAAUGUAUUGUGUAAAAAAACAUUUUUUUUUUUAGUUAUUAUCAAUAAAUUAAAAUUUGUUUAUUUUAA